GCAAGAGGAGCGUGAAGAAGACAUCAGUCAAGUUUUGUUCGAGGACGAGCCAACGUCGGACUGGUAGCUUACCCUUCUGCUUGGACAUUAACUCCUACUCGUUCAACCUUAUUUCGCCACACAGGAGACACCUAAGGACACCGGCCCAGCACAACAAUGGAUGACUUCUACGACCAGCAGGUUCCGUUUGUCAUGGUCCCGCCCAGCGAACCCGGCAGGGUUUUGAACGAGCGGAAGAGGAAGUUUGUGGACACUGAGCUGGCCCAGGACACGGAAGAACUCUUCCAAGAUCUCAGUCAGCUGCAGGAUUUCUGGAUCGCAGAAGCCCAGGUGCCGGACGACGAGCAGUUUGUUCCAGACUUCCAGUCGGAUAGCUUGAUGUUCCAUGGCCCACCACCGACCAAGAUCAAGCGUGAGCUGACAGCCUCCAAAGAGCUUUCCCCCUGCCACCAGAACAGGAGUCCCAUGCCGUACGAAGAGAAGUGCCUUUACAUCAACAGUGCCUGCGACGGGAAGUCCACCCCCACGUUCAAGCCGUUAACCCCUCCCUCCACGCCGGUGUCUCCAUGUGGCCCAGCAGGAGCGCAUCGCCUCAGUGAGCAGAGUCCUCCUCGCCCAAAUGUAGCCAGCUUGCCCGCUGGACCGCGUCCGGUUCAUGUUCAGCGACAACAGCAUCCCCACCCACAGAGCACAGGCCCACGCAACCAGCCGGCACAUCCGGUCCACAGCCCGUCAUUCGCCGUGCCGUGUGCGCCGAUCGGCCAAGAUGCCAACAACUUCACGCCAGAGCACAGGUUCCAGCGGCAGAUGUCUGAGCCAUCUCUACAUUUCCCCCCAUCAGACAGUCAGCUGCACACCCACUUCCUUCCCCAGGCACCCAGCAGCAACCGGAACAGUCGACCACACGAGGGCCGCCCCCUGUACCACCGGCAAAUGUCCGAACCCUUGGUCGCUGCCUCCCCUCACGGUUUUAAACAGGAACUCAUUGACCCAAGAUACACUGAGCACGGCGUCCCCAACCCUCCAGCUCCCCCACGCCAGUCUGGGUGCCACCUGAUGGACAUCAAGCAGGAGCCCCGCGAUUUCUGCUUCGAUUCCGAGGUGCCCAACUGUCACUCAUCAUUCGGGAGAGCGGGGAGCUUCUACCAAAAUAACCAUGAAAGCUUCUCCUUCGACAGAGAUCCUCAACUCUACUUUGACGAUACCUGCGUCGUACCUGAAAGAUUAGAAGGUAAAGUGAAGCAGGAGCCGUCCAUCUAUCGAGACGGACCCCCCUACCAGCGCCGCGGCUCCCUACAGCUCUGGCAGUUCUUGGUCACUUUGCUAGACGACCCGGCCAACGGCCACUUUAUCGCCUGGACUGGUCGGGGAAUGGAGUUCAAGCUCAUCGAGCCAGAGGAGGUGGCUCGCCGCUGGGGGAUCCAAAAGAACAGACCAGCUAUGAACUACGACAAGCUUAGUCGCUCUCUUCGUUACUACUACGAGAAGGGCAUCAUGCAGAAGGUAAAGGUGGCUGGCGAGAGGUAUGUGUACAAGUUUGUGUGCGACCCCGAGGCCCUUUUCUCCAUGGCCUUCCCGGACAACCAGAGGCCCAACCUGAAGGCCGACCUAGACGGCCUGCCAGGCCUGGACGAGGACACCGUGCCCCUCACCCACUACGAGGAGAACACUCCCUAUCUGCUGGACAGCGGGGAGCAUUGUCUAGCGAGCUUGCCUUUCGUGGACGGUUGUGGUUAUUGAAGCACAGAGCAGCCUCCUGGCGCUCGGCACACACAAACAUGCAAAGUCUCUAAAUGGCAGACUCUUUCAAUUCAGACAUUGAACUGCUGGUUGGGUCGGAGGAACCUAAUGUGGAUCCUGGCUGGCUUACGGACCUAAAACCCAUCCAUGGCUAAGAAUGGACGAGGGUACGAUGAAACUCAACGACGAAAGCCCUCGAGACUUCUGAAAGUUUGUAGAAGAACAUGAUUCUUGAAUUUGGGUCAAAAGUGCAGAUUUUGUGAUUAUUAUUUUUUUGUGACAAUCUAAAUUCUAAAUGCAGCACUAUUCCGUAGUUGCCUAACAAUACUUCUUGCGUGUCUGUUUUAAUGUUACUGCAUCUGGACUGAAAGAUGAAUGACAGCUUUGACUUGCACACAUGCUUUCAAGCAUUCAUGUACAUAUGAUUAUGGGUUUUUCUGUAACGAGACCAGAGGAUUCUUGGAAAUAUUUGUCGGUCUACUGUUAAGUUGUUGUGCUCUUUAAAUUAUCCUCCCCGUGUAAGAGAUUGUAUCCCUUCCCCCACUUUGAAGACCUUUGGUACGAUGCCCCAGCCGGUGUUUGAUUGUUCCAUUUUAAAACUAUCUAAAAUUCAAAAGAGAUGCAUAUGCAAGUACAUACUGUAUUUCCCAGCCGAGAGACAUUUUUAUACAUUUCCUUAUUGAUUUUCUGUCUCUCUUAAUGCGCUGGUAUGGCAAGAGCACCAUGGCGUUGCAUGCAGGGUAAAUGUAUAAAAGCUGGUUUUUCAGCUUUGACUCAGUGACUUUGCAUGGCCUAAUCACUCAGCUGACAUAUUGCUUUACCGCCUUGGGGUUAACAUUUGUUUUAAACUUAGUCUUUACUCUGAACAAGGGCAACAUUAAACUUCUAUAAAGAUUAUAUAUUUUUGCUAUAAGGCUGCAGUCCAUGCUUGAGUUUAAUGUAUCAGCUUUACAGUUCUGCCUCUAAUAGGGCUGUAACUGUUGUUUUUUUCCUAAGAAAAAACAUCAAAUAUCAUGACGCACUCGCUGCAGAUUGAUUCGCUUGCUUCUGCGAACAGAUGGAUGACAAGAUGUUAUCUCGCUUGCAAACGAGGCGUGUAAAAGGCCAGAGUUCCAGCAAAGGCCACAUUAUGGGACGGAUGCCAGGCAGGGCGCAGAAACACUCUGCGCUUGUAUAGGCUUCAUCAGACUCCUCACAUUGUGCUCCUUCUGAUCAUGUGUACUAGCUCCAAUAAACACUCCUCUAUGCUUAACUGCGUUCCUGCUACUUCUCAAACCUCUACCUCCGUUAUUGCCGGGAGUUUGAACUUGCCUGUGAGUCACCUGCUUUUCUUUUUCAUAGGUGAAUGAUUACACCACGUCCCUUUUUAGAAAUAUUCACGUGUGCUAAGAGCCACUAAAUGAUUCAAUUAAACAAACCAAAUAAAAAAAAACAAUAAAGCAAA